CAGUUGGCAGAAGCAGACAUGUUGCUAGAACACACUGGAAUGAGGCGAAGAGGAGCAGUCCCAGCGCGCCACUCUGAGGGGAGGAGCCAACUCCUCCCACUACCACCGCCCCAUCAUGGGGGAGGGGGGCGUGGAGGGCAGCACAGCACCCGCCUCUAUCCGACACUGCACGGCUUGGACCCAGCAGCGCCACCUGCCAUGGUGGAGGCUUCUGGAAGUGCAGUGGACAUCUCUUGACACUAUUGAGCUGGGAGGCAGUUUCAUCGCACACUAUCCGGCUAUUGGAGGUCUGUUUGAGCCAAUGAACAGCACCCCACCUGGCGGGUACCAACAGCCAACAGGGAGAGGCCCCUGCUUCCAACAAUCUACAGCUGAUGCUCAAGCCAGCAUGGGCCUACCAACAGGCCCUGGCCUCUACACUUCAUAUGUGACCCACUACCAACAACCUGCUCAACCCCAGCAGGGCCAAUACCAGCCACUGGCCACUGCUACAGCACCCACUCCAACACCAUCCAUGCUGUUACCAGCGCCACCUGCAACCAAUCCCCAAUACCUGCCACCCGAACAAGCCAACCAAGCACCAGCGAAUGAUGACCCCAAGACCAAGAGGCGCAGACCACCAGCAGAGGGAUGGGAUGUCUGGGAUGAAUCAGCUGAUGAGGCCCUCAUAUGCCCAGUACGCACAGUAGCCAACGCUGAUGGUGUGUCUGUGUUCUACCAACCAGCAAAGGCCAACGAAAUCCAGAAGUGGUCCGCCGCCAUACAACACCCUCGGGAUGCCGGACGGCAUACCUGGACGAAGAUAAAAGAACUCAAGGAGAUGAGAGACCUGCACCCUUUUGACGCAUUGAAGAUCCUACAUCGUUACGUUACUGCCUUGCUUGAAGGCAACUACCAAAAGAAACGUUAG